AAAAAGAGUUCGAACUCCGCCCCCUCCCCCUCUUCUCCCCCUUCUCCGCCUCCUCCCAUGGAGGCUCUAAACCCUCUCCUUCCCCCACCUCCCCUCCUCCGCAAACCCCAUUUUUUCCCCACCAAGCUCCGCAAACCCUCCUCUUUCUCCUCCAAACCCUACACCCGCUCCACCAUUUGCCGCUCCAGCAAAUGGGCCGAGCGCCUCCUCGGCGACUUCCACUUCCUCCCCUCCACCUCCGCCCCCGACUCUCCGCCGCCAUCCGCCGCCGCCUCCAACGCCGCCCUCCUCUCCCUCUUCCCCCCCUCCGCCGCCGCUGCCUCCGAUCGCGCCAUCCCCCUCCCCAUCGACUUCUACAAGAUCCUUGGGGCGGAGCCGCAUUUCCUCGCCGACGGGAUCCGGAGGGCCUUCGAGGCGCGGUUGUCGAAGCCGCCGCAGUACGGGUUCAGCGCCGAGGCGCUCAUCGGGCGGCGGCAGAUCCUUCAGGCCGCUUGCGAUGCCCUGUCGAAUCCGAGCUCCCGCAGCGACUACAAUCGCGGGCUUGUUGAGGACAAUGAGGCCACUGCUAUUGUGGAUGUGUCGUGGGACAAGGUUCCAGGUGCUCUUUGUGUGCUGCAGGAGGCUGGUGAGACGGAGGUGGUGCUUAAGAUUGGUGGGGACCUGCUGCUUGAGAGGCUGCCUAAGCCUUUCAAGCAGGACGUGGUGCUGGCGAUGGCUUUGGCUUAUGUGGACCUAUCAAGGGAUGCGAUGGCAUUGAGUCCGCCGGAUUUUGUUAAGUGCUGUGAGGUGCUCGAGAGGGCUCUGAAGCUCUUGCAGGAGGAAGGUGCAAGCAACCUUGCACCAGAUCUUCUGGUACAGAUUGAUGAAACUCUAGAAGAGAUUACCCCUCGUUGUGUUCUUGAGCUUCUUGCAUUGCCCCUUGAUGGAGAGAACCAAAUUAAGCGCGAGGAAGGUCUUCGUGGUGUGCGCAACAUUUUAUGGACUGUUGGUAAGGGAGGUGCUGCUGCUAUUGGUGGAAGAUUCACUCGUGAAGACUUCAUGAAUGAAGCUUUCCUACGCAUGACUUCAGCUGAGCAGAUAGACCUUUUCACUGCAACACCGAGCAGUAUACCGCCAGAGAGGUUCGAAGUCUACAGUGUGGCGCUUGCCUAUGUUGCCCAAGCUGUUAUCAGCAAGAAGCCAUAUCUUAUCUUGACUGCUGAGGGUUUUAUUAAAGAACUACAGAGUUCAGACAAUGAAAUAGAUCUUGCACUAGAGAGGGGCCUUUGCUCCCUUCUUGUAGGAGACCUUGACAAUUGCCGCAAGUGGCUGGGCAUAGACAAUGAAAACUCACAAUACAGAGAUCCUGAAAUUGUAGAAUUCAUCGUGGAUAACUCCUACAUCGAUCAAGAUAAUGAUCUCCUUCCCGGGGUUUGCAAACUGUUAGAGACUUGGCUGGUGGAAGUGGUUUUCCCUCGAUGUAGAGAUACUGAAGAUAUACAAUUUAGGCUUGGAGAUUACUAUGAUGACCCCACGGUAUUAAGGCAUUUGGAGAGGAUGGAAGGUGGCGGUAGUUCUCCUCUUGCUGCAGCCGCUGCCAUUGCUAAAAUUGGGGCUGAGGCUACUGCUGCGCUGGGUACUGUUAAAUCCAGUGCUCUUCAGGCAUUUAGAAAGGUGUUUCCGCCUGUUGACAAGGAAGAAAAUUCAAUUCUAGAUGAACCCAAUAAUGGCCAUGAAUCUGAACCUGUUACUAAACUACAAUCAGAAGGGUUAACAGGAGGAAUAGAUCAAGAAAAUUCAAAUUUUCAAUCUGAGGCUAUUGGUAAGCAAAACUCUGCAGAUCCUCAUGAGCAAGAUUUGACAUAUUAUACAAAAGAUGCAACUGUGAAGAUUAUGUCCGCGGGAGUGGUGGUAGUUUUAUUAACGGUGGCCGGUAUGAAGUAUUUACCUCGUAGACGCUGGUUUCCUGUUGCUAAGAAGGAGCUUGGAUCUGCAAUGGCCGCCAAUGUUGUUGAUUUAGGUGUUCCUGUUGAUGAGAAUUUGACAGAGGAAGUGCCUAGAAUGGAUGCGAGGCUAGCAGAAACUCUUGUUCGCAAGUGGCAAAACAUUAAAUCCCUUGCCCUUGGACCUGAUCAUUCUCUUGCACAGCUUAAAGAGGUACUUGAAGGCCGGAUGCUGAAGAUAUGGACUGAUCGGGUGGCCGAGAUCGCGCAGCACGGUUGGUUCUGGGAGUACACCCUAUUGGGCGUCACCAUCGAUAGUGUGACCGUCUCCUUAGACGGCCGUCGGGCGACUGUGGAGGCGACAAUCGAGGAAGCGGCAAAAUUGACCGACGUGGCUCACUCGGAGCACAACGAUUCCUACACUGCCACAUACACUACCAGGUAUGAGAUGUCUCAUUCGAAUACUGGGUGGAAGAUAACAGAGGGAGCAGUUCUGAAAUCAUAGAUUACAACUCUUCUUUUUCUGUAAAUAAUAAUCCUACUAGUUAUUAAAUUAUGCAUCUGUUUUGUUGUGGUCAAAGUUCUCAAGCUCGCCCGAUCACUAUCCAAUAUUUAGAGUUUUAUCCUCGAAUGAUAUCAUGGUUUGUUGUCUAUUAGUGAACUGAUGUUGUAUUGCAGUUCUGUUUAUAGUGCUUUCUGUAAGAUUCAAUCGGUAGAUACUUAGCUGAACACCGUAGAAUCAAUUGAUUGAAUAGUAGAGUUGGAAUAAAUUUUGUGCUCUGGAAUAUCCAUGUUCAAGAUUAGGUAUAAAUUUUUGGUAUAAAUUCUGAGCCUGUUUGGCCUGGUUGGAGAUCGUAAGCUUGCUUGUGUUGUUGAAUAAAAGUUUAUAAGCUUUUGUC